AUGUCUCGACUUCCAGCACCGGAGAUUCCAGUGGCUCAAGCCUCAAUUCCUCUUGACAUUCGCGGCAGCAACGAUGGAUUGGAAGAUAGCAAAACAAGUUCCGUUGAAAUCGCUAGUGUGAACCACGAUGCAACCGGCCCACAAAGACGAAAAGGGGGCAUUGCUUUCGUUUCCUCUAUCAGCAAGAACGAGCCGGUAGUGACUCGAAGAGAGUUAUGGAGCUAUUACU